AGGCCACUGGCUGAACUGUCAUAUAAUUGUGUAUGGCCGGGCCGAGACCGUACCUACCCUUUGAAAUGGCCUUCUUCUAGCGAAUUUAUGAACACCAGCCACUUUCGUGGGAUAUUCCUGUAUUCUGUGAUAUUUCUAUUAGUAAUUACUCAUGUACCGAGGCUCUGGAAGUCGUUCAGCGGCUCGUGACUACUGGCGAACUUCAGCGAGGUGAAGCGACUUUCCGAAGGGAAACCAUGAGCGAAGAUAGAGAGGGAAGCGAACAGUCCGACAGCGUUAUUUCCUCGGAGUUUUUUCCGGAGGCUGGCCAUGGGCACUUUUUCACCAAGAAGACUUUCCACAAGCCCACAUACUGCCACCAUUGUACAGAUAUGCUGUGGGGGCUGAUCGGCCAGGGCUAUGUGUGUGAAGUGUGUAACUUUGUGGUCCAUGAUCGCUGUCUGAAGACCGUGGUGUCGGCCUGCUCCAGUAUUGCCACCAACCUCAUCAAGAAUCCUGUAGCCCAUUGUUGGUCAGAGCCUCACCAUUUCAAAAGGAAAUUUUGUAGUGUUUGUCGAAAGCGGCUAGAAGAUAGCCUGGCAAUACACUGUGAAAUUUGUGAAUAUUAUGCACAUUUGGACUGUCAAGAUUUCGUUGUAAGCGACUGUAAAGAAUGUGCGACUUAUGUGCCCCACAGAGAUUUGAUGUCAGUAGUCCACUACCACCAUUGGAGGGAGGGAAAUCUACCAGCCAACUCCAAGUGUGUGGCCUGUAAGAAGACCUGCUGGUCAUCGGAGUGCCUGGCAGGGAUGAGAUGUGAAUGGUGUGGUGUGACGGCACAUGCAAAUUGCUACAAGUCUUUACCAGCAGAAUGCAAUUUUGGCAGCUUGCGGGAAAUCCUCCUCCCUCCUUCCUGCCUGACCAUCCCACGGAUGGACAUCAGUACAGAGGUCAUGCUGGGAAUCAACAUGAAAGGCACUGUGCCAGCACGGACGGUGUCGGAGGAGUGGUCAUCCAGCGGGGAGUCAAAGAACGAUGAGGACGAGCGAGAACGGCGAUCUCCGCGAGAGAAAGACGGCAAAGACGCCAAGGAUAAAGAUGCUGAUGCUGAAAUUAUCCGCGUGUUUGAUGGGAACUCUUCGAUGAAGCGGCGGAUGUAUAGAACCAUCUCUGUGUCCAAAUCUGCACCAGCUCAAGCCAUUUUGGAGGCAGCACUGAAAACAUUCCACAUAUCAGAUGACCCAAAGAACUAUUACAUUUCUGAAGCUUCUGAAUUUGCCUGUGCUGCAGGAGAGGUGGAGCUUGAAGAGACCAGUCCCAUAAGGAACCAGCUCAAAACCCCAGACGGCAAACGGCCUUCCAUCUUCCUACGCUACAAGGAGCGCGACCCCGAUAGAGGCUACAUUAAAGUCUACCCUGGGGAGAUCAGUCGGAGCGGGGUAGCAUAUAAACACAUCCCGGUAACCAAGGAAACAACCGCAGAGGAAGUUAUCGAAAUAGCAUUGCAGAAAUAUGGUUUUGAGGGCACGUCUCCUGCUAAGUACAGCCUUAUAGAAGUUCUCUUGGACAAAGGCGUCACCGAGAAGGAAUUGGCGCCCAAUGACAAACCGUGGCAACUCAUCCAACAGAGCAGGAAAGAAUCCCUACGACAGAACCGUAUGACCAGGUUUUACCUCCAGCAGAAGGAGGACCCCCAUGGGCCGGCUGUCUCGCUUUACGUUGGCAAUCUACCCUCAGGCCUCUCUCAGAGGCAGUAUGAAAAAAUACUUAUUGAUAUUGUUGGCAAAGCUAAUAAAUGGUCAAGCUUUGAUGUGAUAUAUUAUGAAUAUGGUGCACUGGUCCUCGUCUACAUGAAUGCUGAAAAAGCUGCACGUGCUUUCAAUAUCCUUAAAGAUGGCUACUUCGAUUAUAAGGGUCUUCUUGUUAUGUUGCUGCCGAAUAUACAGCCACACAUGAUUCCGGAGAACAAUUCUCUGCUGGUGUUUGUUAAUGUGAAAAGUGGCGGGUGUCAGGGCCUGGAGCUCAUCACCUCCUUCCGACAUCUGCUCAACCCUCAUCAGGUCUUUAACCUGGAGACCGGAGGACCAUUACCAGGGUUAUAUGUUGCACGCAACAUUCCCUACUACAAGAUCCUGGUGUGUGGUGGCGAUGGAACAGUGGGCUGGGUGCUGUCCUGUCUGGACAACGUGGGCCAGGAUGCUGUCUGUCAGUCGCCUCCCUUAGCCAUUGUACCACUGGGAACAGGGAACGAUUUAGCCAGGGUGUUGCGCUGGGGACCAGGCUACACGGGAGGGGAAGAUCCGCUCAAUUUACUGAGGGAUGUCAUAGAGGCAGAAGAAAUUAAACUAGAUAGAUGGACAGUGAUAUUUCAUCCGAAUGAAGAGAAACCUAAUGAGGCCAGACUGGAAAUUGCCAACGCCACAAACUCAGCGAACACCAAUGAAGAUACUACAAGCAUCUUUGUCAUGAACAAUUACUUUGGGCUUGGCAUUGAUGCGGAACUCUCGCGAGAUUUUCAUAUGGCACGAGAAGAGAAUCCAGACAAAUUUAAUAGCAGACUACAUAAUAAAAGUGUGUAUUUAAGAAUGGGAAUUCGUAAGAUGGUAAAUCGGCGUCUGUGUAAGGACCUUCACAAAGUAGUUCGCAUUGAAGUGGACGGCAAACAGAUUGACCUUCCUCCUGUGGAGGGUAUCAUUAUACUCAACAUUCUCAGCUGGGGUUCUGGGGCCAAUCCGUGGGGUCCUGAGAAGGAGGACCAGUUCAACAAGCCCACCCACUACGACGGUAUGCUGGAGGUGGUGGGGGUGACGGGCGUGGUGCACAUGGGUCAGAUCUUCAGUGGGCUACGCACCGGCAUGAGGCUUGCUCAGGGAGGACAUCUGCGGAUCACACUGCUGCAGGAUGUCCCGGUACAGGUGGAUGGGGAGCCAUGGAUCCAACCCUCAGGCCAGGUUGUUGUUCUCCGCUCAGCUCUUAAGGCCACUAUGUUAAAGAAAAGUAAAAACAAAAUCAAAAGGAGAAACACAGAGCCAAGUAUCUUCUUCCCUGAAAAUGAACCCCUAAUAGCCCAGUCCCCGAACAAGGAGAGCGGACCUCUAUAAGGUACGGCCGGCUAGCUUUACACUGUCUGUACAUAGCUAAGCUGUCAUUAGACACAGAAUUAUUUAGGGCGGGCUGUGGGACUGGGAUAAGGAACAGCACCGACCAUCCACACACACCUAAUCUGCCCGUUGCGCUGACCAGGGCAGUGGUCAGCGGAACUUAGUGGACCGGCUGACGGCCUCACGAACCUGGUCUGACACUGGCAGAAGGAGAAAUUAGGCAGGCUUUUGGGGGGAAAACCCACGGAGAUUCACCCUCCAGGGAAGCAUUUCCUAUCGUCAGUUUUUAUCUUCACAGCCUUGUGUGAUCUUUGAUAUGGGUUUGGAUUGAGCUGCUGGCCUGGCAGGUGCCGCAUGGCGCGUCGAGGCAAAGUGAUGUAUUUGUGGGCAGUGUGGGAGAAGUUAGACGAUUAUCAAGCCUUAUGUGGUCACCCUUUGUUUGACCUUGGAGCCGGCAUUGUAUGUUGUGGGUCGAGGCUGCUCUGCAAGCUUCACAUACAUACACAGAGGUCUGGUCUUUGACUGGAUGCAUCUCCAGGCUUGAGGCCUGGGCAGGUCACCCCAGGGGGCCUAAAUUGUGGUGUAUUUCGGGUAUAUGUGGAGGCUGUGCUGUAUGUAGGCAUGGGAAAACGGAAAAGUGUGUAAAUGUUGCCUGACCCCUCCCUCUCUCCCUUUACUCCCUACCCCUGUUUUAUAGCAGAUUCAAACAUUGUGCUUUUGCCAUUUCAGAGUGCACUACAAACUGUCACCCCCUUACACCCUUUGAUCUCCUCUCUGAAUUAUUACCAGUUUGUUGGCUGUUUCGUUGAACCCGAAUGGAUGAGGUAAACCAGAAAGUUUACAUUGGUUUAUAACUUAUUUUUAAAAAAGAAGAAAAAUUAAUUUAUUCUCUAUACAUUUUUUUGGUGUUUAUUUGUUGUUGUUAUUUAUUUGUUCUAUUCAUAUUUUUUUUGUUUUGUUUUUAAUUUUUGUUUGUUUGU